GCAGCCUGAGCGAGGCUGCUGAGCUCCCUGGGCGUCGCUCUCGUGCGCCUCUUCGGGCGGGAGUCUGCGGCGGAGGCGGCGGAUCUGCUGCGCGAGGCCGCGGCCGCAGACCCCCAGCGCUGGGUCGCGUUCUGCCACCUCGCCAAGGCGCUGGCGCUGCUGCGGGAGCUGGCGUCGAAGAAGGGCCUCGCGGAGGCGGCCGCGAGCCUGGACGAGGAGCGGGCCGAGGUGCUGCGUGCGGCCUGCCGGCUUCGCCCCGAGGACCCGGGCACGCGCUUCCGGCUGGGGAUGUUGCUCAAGGACAGGACCGCCGAGGCCGACCGGGUGGAGGCCGCGGAGUGCCUGGAGCGGUACCUCGCCCUGGCGAGCAGGUCGCCCCCGGAGCCCGGUGCCAGCGCACCGUCGGCAGCCCACAGGAACCAGGCCUGCACCGCCAGCCACUUCCUCGCGGCGCUGCGCGGCGACGCCACCGCCGCCGCGCCGGCACAGUACGUCGCGGGCCUCUUCGACGCGUACGCCGACAGGUUCGACGACCACCUGGUCAACGACCUCGGCUACAGGACGCCGCAGAUGAUCGCCGACGAGAUCCAGCGGGCGGCGCCGUGCCAGGCGGGGUUCGAGUGCUGCGCUGACCUCGGCUGCGGCACUGGUCUCACUGUGCCGCUGCUGCGCCAGCUGGGAGUGCGCCGCCUUGAAGGAGUGGACCUGUCGGCAGGGAUGCUGCGCAAGGCGCGGGAAAACUACGGGCCUGGUGUCGGGUACGAUCGUCUGGUGUGCGGCGACCUCGUGGACAUCUUUGCGCCCGAGGGGCAAGGCAGCCCCGCUCCGACGUUCGACCUCGUCGUCGCGGCGGACGUGUUCGUGUACGUGGGGGACCUGGCCCCCGUGCUGUCGGCCACCUCCCAGUGCCUGGCGCGGCCGCACGGCCUGGUGGUGUUCUCCACCGAGGCACCGCCCCGCGGCGGCGGGGCCAACGAGGACGCUGGCAGAGUGCCGGCUGGCGGCUUCCGCCUGGGCCCCCAGGGCAGAUACCUGCACUCGGCGGCGUAUGUGCGCGCGACUGCGGAGGCCUGCGGGCUGACGCUGACCCGGAGGAGCAGCGUGGUGCUACGCUACAACGGCGGCAAGCCCGUGCACGGGCACAUCCACGUGCUGCGACCGGCGGGGGAGGCCCGCAGCUGACCGACGCGGGCACGCGCGCGCAGGCCUUCGCGCAGCGAGGGCGGUUCGGCCUCUUCUGCGCGUCUGCUGGCGCUGGCCCGACUUGACGCUGGCCCUGGGGAGCCGCCUUCCGGCACCACGGCGGCAAGCCGGUGCACGGGCACACCGCGCAUGCCAAGGAGCGCGGUGAGCGCAAAUUUUCGGCCAUCCGCUCGGGCUUUUCGGGUCGCCGCAGCCCCCCCCCUCGCCACACCCCACCCCCGCGGCGGGGAGGCGGGUCCAGGGCCGCCGCAAGAGGUGCCGGCGCGCGUCCGGAAGUGUAUCCUCAUGUCGGCUUCAGUCCUCUAGCAAUAAUAUGUUUUGCCCAGCUGCCGAGCCUUGCACAUGACCGAUCUUGGCGCGUGUGCGCAUACUUGUCCAGCUUCUUUUUUGGCGUGCGCUGAUCGCAUUUGCAAUAAUAUAAGUUAUUCCGCGCUGGUUAGGUCUCCACGCCACUGCUUACAACAUCUUCCGGAUGAUGUUUCCAGCGUGUUAGCGCGCGACUGCAUCUUUUCAGCGUAAGUUCGUGUCGCUUAGACUCAUAAACUUCUCUGCUGCAGAGCGUAAGUUGAAAAAGCGAGUUGGCGUCGAGUUUUCGCCGCCAAAGGGGAGCUGACUGAAUUUGUUAACCCAUGUUCAGGAGUUCGCGCAACAACCGAAGGCAGGC